CUGAUAAGGGAUGAUAGGGGUGAUGGGGAUGAAGAGGGUGAUGGGGAUGAAGGGGGUGAUGGAGAUGAUGGAAAUGAUUGGUGUGAUGGGGAUGAUGGAGAUGAUGGGGAUGAAGGGGGUGAUGGGGAUGAUGGGGAUGAUGGGGAUGAUGGAUAUGAUGGGUGUGAUGGAGAUGAUGGGGAUGAGGGGGGUGAUGUGGAUGAUGGAGACGAUGGGGAUGAUGUGGAUGAUGUGGAUGAUGGAGAUGAUGAAGAUGAAGGGGGUGAUGGGGAUGAUGGAGAUGAUGGGAAUGAAGGGGGUGAUAGGGCUGAUGGGGAUGAUGGAGAUGAUGGUGAUGAAGGGGGUGAUGGGGAUGAUGGUUGUAAUGGGGAUUAUGGAGAUGAUGGAGAUAAUGGAUUUGAUGGGGAUGAUGAUGAUGAUGGAGAUGAUGGAGAUGAUAGGGGUGAUGGGGAUGAAGGGGCUGAUGGAGAUGAUGGAGUUGUUGGGGGUGAUGGGCAUGAAGAGGGUGAUGGAGAUGAUGGAGAUGAUGGGGAUGAUUGGGGUGAUGGGGGUGAAGGGGGUGAUAGAGAUGAUGGAGAUGAUGGGGAUGAUGGGGAUUAUGGGGAUGAUGGAGUUGAUGGAGAUGAUGGAGAUGAUAGGGGUGAUGGAGAUGAUAGGGAUGAUAUGGAUGAUGAGGUUAAUAGGGAUGAAGGGGGUGAAGGAGAUGAUGGGGGUGAUGGGGAUAAAGAGAAUGAUGGAGAUGAUGGGGAUGAUGGGGGUUAUGGGGAUGAAGGGGCUGAUGGAGAUGAUGGAGAUGAUUGGGAUGGGGAUGAUGGGGUUGAUGGGGAUGUUGGGGGUGAUGGGGAUGAAGAGGGUGGUGGAGAUGAUGGGGAUGAUUGGGGUGAUGGGGGUGAAGGGGGUGAUGGAGAUGAUGGAGAUGAUGGGGGUGAUGUUGAUUAUGGGGACGAUGGGGAUAAUGGAGAUGAUGGAGAUGAUAGGGAUAAUGAGGGUGAUGGCAGUGAUGGGGAUGUUGGGGGUGAUGGGGAUAAAGGGGAUGAUAGGGAUGAUGGAUAUGAUGCGGGUGAUGGGGAUGAUAGGGAUGAUGGGGUUGAUGGGGAUAAAGAGGGUAAUGGGGGUGAUGUGGAUGAUGGAGAUGAUGGAGAUGAUAGGGAUAAUGGGGGUGAUGGCGGUGAUGGGGAUGUUGGGGGUGAUGGGGAUAAAGGGGAUGAUGGAGAUGAUGGAUAUGAUGGGGGUGAUGGGGAUGAUAGGGAUGAUGGGGUUGAUGGGGAUAAAGAAGGUAAUGGGGGUGAUGUGGAUGAUGGGGAUGAUGGAGAUGAUGGGGAUGACGGGGGUGAUGGGGAUGAUGGGGAUGAUGGAGGAGAUGUGGAUGAUUGGGGUGAUGGGGAUGAUGGGGUUUAUGAUGAGGGGAAUGAUGUGUCUGAUGAGGAUGUUGGGUGUGAUGGGGAUGAUGGAGAUGAUGGAGAUGAUGGGGAUGAUGGGGGUGAUGUGGAUGUUGGGGGUGAUGGGGAUAAAGCGUGUGAUGGGGAUGAUGUGGAUGAUGUGGAUGAUGGAGAUGAUAAAGAUGAUGACGAUGAUGGGUGUGAUGGAGAUGAUGGAGAUGAUGGGGAUGAUGUGGAUGAUGUGGAUGAUGGAGAUGAUAAAGAUGAUGGGGAUGAUGGGUGUGAUGGAGAUGAUGGGGAUGAUAGGAUGAUGUGGAUGUUGGAGAAGAUGUGGAUGAUUGGGGUGACGGGGUUGAUUUGGAUGAUGGGGGUGAUGGAGAUGAUGAUGAUGGGGAUGAGGGGAAUGAUGUGGAUGAUGAGGAUGAUGGAUGUGAUGAGAUGA